CCUUUAUUCGGAGCAGGCGCUUCGGGGCGGAGAGCAGCGCUGCCGUUUUACACAAAUAUCAGAUCAACAAAAAGCUGGAGUGAUGCUCAGAACAGGGCGAUAACACGGCAAAACGACGAACACUACAGAAGAAUGAGGGACUCUGUGUUGGAUUCACUUCCCUUCACAGAUGGCUUGCCAAAGUCUUUCCUUUACCAGUGUUUGAAGUGUUUACUGUAAUAGCUCUAAGCUAACAUAUGGUGCACACUUGCCAGCACCACAAACAGAGGCUUCCAAAUAAAGGGACGUCAUUUUUGGAAUAAAGUGCCAGUUUUGCACCUUCGCUGAUCACUUUUAUUGCGUUUGGCUGCUUUUUUAUGCAUUGCUCUGGGUUCCAGUCUCUAUCUGGUCCAAUCCUAAAGAAAUAUGGAGACCAAUGUGGAGUAUAUCGUAGGACAAGUAUUGCAGAAAGACUUGGGGCGACGACUACAGGUUGGACAGGAGAUCAUAGACUACGUCUUGGACAGACAGAAGUCACAUGAUCUGGAGCAUGAUCAGACCAUGUUGGACAGGAUGGUGGAUGGCCUGGCUACUUCAUGGGUCAACUCCAGCAAUUUCAAGGUGGCUCUUUUGGGGAUGGACAUUGUGUCAGCUUUAGUAACGAGGUUACAGACUCGCUUUAAGACACAAAUUGGAACAGUCCUGCCUAGUUUAACAGACCGAUUAGGUGAUGCCAAAGACCAAGUACGAGACCAAGCCCAGACUCUGCUGCUAAAAAUAAUGGACCAAGCUGCCAAUCCACAGUACGUAUGGGACCGAAUGUUAGGAGGUUUCAAACACAAGAACAACCGGACCAGAGAAGCCGUUUGCUUUUGCCUUAUUUCCACAUUAAACAUAUAUGGAGCCCAAGGUUUAACUUUAAGCAAGAUUGUACCCCACAUAUGUAAUCUACUAGGAGACCCCACAAGUCAGGUUCGAGAUGGUGCCAUGAACUGCCUUGUGGAGAUUUACAGGCAUGUCGGGGAGAGGGUACGAGUGGAUCUUGGGAAAAAGGGAUUGCCACAAUCACGGUUGAAUGUAAUUUUUAGCAAAUUUGACGAAGUCCAAAGAUCAGGGAAUAUGAUCCUGUCCGCAGAUAAAAACAUAGAUGAUGAUGACUCUGUGGACGGGGGGCGUUCCUCUGCCUCCUCUAAGGGAGCGUCAUCAGCGCGGCGAACAGGAUCUAUGCGCAGGCCAAGUUCUGCCUCCAGCACCAAGAGCACAGGUAAAGAGGGCCCCAGUGCCGGUGCUGUGGAUGAGGAAGACUUCAUCCGUGCCUUUGAGGAUGUGCCCACGAUACAGAUUUACUCCAGCAGAGAGCUGGAGGACUCCAUGAAUAAGAUCCGAGAAGUCCUCUCAGACGACAAACAUGACUGGGAGCACAGAGUGGCUGCGCUGAAGAAGGUGCGUUCGCUGUUGCUUGCGGGGGCCACGGACCAUGAGGGUUUCCUUCAACAGCUGCGGCAGCUAGAGGGCGCCUUCAAACUGUCCGCGAAAGAUCUGCGCUCGCAGGUGGUCCGCGAGGCCUGCAUCACGCUGGGGCAUUUAUCUUCUGUUCUGGGCAACAAGUUUGACCACGGAGCAGAGUCCAUUAUGCCUAUGCUGCUGAACCUCGUCCCUAACAGUGCCAAAGUCAUGGCCACAUCUGGCGUUGCAGCCAUCCGCCUUAUUAUACGACAUACACACUACCAUCGGCUCAUCCCCAUCAUGACCAUCAGCUGCACAUCCAAAUCUGUGGCUGUCCGACGGCGCAGUUAUGAGUUUUUAGACCUUUUACUGCAGGAAUGGCAAACUAAUUCUCUGGAGAGGCAUGUAUCCGUCCUGAGGGAGACCAUUAAGAAAGGAGUUCACGACGCAGACUCAGAAGCAAGAUCUGUUGCCAGAAAGUGUUACUGGGGCUUCCAUGGCCAUUUCAGUAAGGAGGCUGAACAGCUGUUCCAGGCUCUUGAGCUGACCUAUCAGAAGGCUCUGCAGUCUCAUUUGAAGAGUUCAGACAGCAUUAUGUCUCUCCCGCAGUCUGACCGCUCCUCCUCCAGCUCCCAGGAGAGCCUAAAUAGGCCGCUGUCUGCAAAAGUCCCUGUAGGAAGCAGUGUAACUAGAACUAAAGUAGUUACCUCUAAAGUGUCAUCCACGCCUGGCUCGCUGCAGCGAUCUCGCAGUGAUAUUGACGUAAACGCAGCUGCCAGUGCCAAGUCAAGAAUGCCCACUGUACCCGCUGCUGCCCCCUUCAGCUCAGCCACAGCACUGCCCCCUGGCUCCUAUGCAUCACUGGAUGCUACUCCUGGUAAUGUGGAGGGUCGUGUCCGCACCCGGAGACAGAGUUCAGGCAGCAGCGUCGGGGGUGGACCAUCUGUUACAGACAGUAGGGGGCGGAGCCGAGCUAAAGUGGUUUCUCAAUCACAACGAUCCAGAUCAGCUAAUCCAGCAGGUGGUAAGACUUAUGCUGGGAGUCGCUCCAGCUCUCCUGGGAAGCUUAUUGGUCAGUCAUAUGGAAAAGUCCACCAUGCCAGAGGCAGUGGGACCACCUCUGAAAAGCGCAGUAAGAUUCCCCGCAGUCAAGGCUGCAGCCGAGAGACCAGCCCCAGCCGCUCAGGCCAGGUGCGGGGCAGCCGUAUCCCACGGCCCAGUAUGAGUCAGGGCUGCAGUCGUGACACCAGCAGAGAGAGCAGCAGAGACACCAGCCCUGCACGGGGCUUCACACCACUGGCGUCCCGGCGCCACUCCCGCUCCACCAGCGCCCUGACAGCGGGCGACACUCUGCAGACAGAUCGUUUUGGUCUGAUCCAUCAGGCGCGUAUCUCUGCCUCAGUCAAUGCCAUGCGGAUCCUCAACACUGGCAUGGAGGUGGAGGCAGCAGUGGCUGAUGCCCUGCUUUUAGGAGACUCCAGGAAUAAGCGGAGGCCCAUGCGACGACGGUAUGAAUCUCCUGGCAUGUACUCGGACGAUGACGCCAACAGUGAUGCGUCCAGCGCCUGCUCGGAGUGGUCAUGCAGCUCACGCAAUGGUGGAGUCCCGCACUACCUGCGGCAGACGGAGGACGUAGCUGAGGUCCUAAACCACUGUGCCAGCUCCAACUGGUCCGAGCGCAAAGAAGGUCUGCUGGGCCUCCAGAACCUUCUGAAGAGCCAAAGAAUCCUCAGCCGAGUGGAACUGAAGAGGUUGUGUGAGAUUUUCACCAGGAUGUUCGCAGAUCCUCACAGCAAGAGAGUGUUCAGCAUGUUUCUGGAGACGCUGGUGGACUUCAUCACGCUGCACAGAGAUGACCUGCAGGACUGGCUCUUUGUGCUACUCACACAGCUGCUGAAGAAAAUGGGCGCUGACCUUCUGGGCUCUGUCCAGGCCAAAGUGCAGAAAGCCCUGGACAUCACCAGGGAUUCUUUUCCAUAUGACCAGCAGUUCAACAUCCUUAUGCGCUUUAUUGUUGAUCAGACGCAGACCCCAAACCUCAAGGUGAAGGUGGCCAUUCUGAAAUACAUAGAGUCCUUGGCUAGGCAGAUGGAUCCCACAGAUUUUGUGAACUCCAGCGAGACGCGACUAGCUGUGUCCCGAAUCAUCACCUGGACGAUGGAACCCAAAAGCUCAGAUGUCAGAAAGGCAGCUCAGAUGGUGCUGAUCUCUCUGUUCGAGCUUAACACUCCAGAGUUCACUAUGCUGCUAGGAGCUCUGCCCAAAGCCUUCCAGGAUGGAGCAACCAAGCUUCUGCACAAUCACCUAAAGAACUCCAGCAACGCCUCAGCCAUGGGUUCACCAAGCAACACAGUGGGCCGCACCCCUCCAUGCCUCUCUAGCAGCCACACCAGUCUUCUGACGUCACGCACAAACUGCUCCCACGGAGGCCUCUCGUCCAGUCGUUUAUGGGGCUGGAGCUCGAAUGGUCCCUCAAAGCCUCCGUGCCCCUUUACUCCCCAGCAUCCCCCUGGCCCCGCCACCCCCCCUCUCCGGUCCCUGCGCCGGGCCUUAUCGCCCAGCAUGCUGGAGUACGACACAGAGAACAUGAACUCAGAUGAGAUCUACAGCUCUCUAAGAGGAGUGACAGAGGCCAUUCAAAGCUUCAGCUUCCGCAGCCAGGAGGACAGCAUUGAGCCAAUCAAACGUGACGCCAAGAAAGAUGAUGCGUGUGGUGUGGCAUCCUCCACUGCUGACCCCCGGCUUACUGCGGAUGUGAUGGAGGGUGGCAGGAUGGCUCUGGAUAAUAAAACCUCAUUACUGAACACGCCGUCCCCACGGCAGUUCCUGGGACCCAGAACACGAGAAUACAACCCCUACAACUACACAGACUCCAUCAGUGCUUACGACAAGGGCGCCCUGAGGGAGGCCAUGUUUGACGAUGAUGUGGAACAGUUUCGGGAUGGUCGUCGGCAAGAUUGUGGUGAAAACAAAAUCAUGCAUCCCAAGAGUUACUCUGCUGGGCCAACGCAGCACUUGGAGCUGGUUGGUGACCUGCUGAAGGAGCUGUCCAACCACAGCGAGCGUGUGGAGGAGAGACGAGCGGCCCUGCUGGAGCUGUUGAAGGUUACACGUGACGACAGUGUGGCUGUGUGGGAGGAGCAUUUUAAAACAAUGCUGCUGCUGCUGCUGGAGACGUUGGGGGACAAAGAUCACACUAUUCGGGCGCUGGCCCUGCGUGUUCUGAAGGAGAUCCUGCGCAGUCAGCCUGCACGCUUCAAAAACUAUGCAGAACUCACCAUCAUGAAAACGCUGGAGGCGCACAAAGACUCCCACAAAGAGGUGGUACGCGCUGCAGAAGAGGCGGCCUCUACCCUGGCUGCCUCCAUCCACCCGGAACAGUGCAUUAAGGUGCUGUGUCCCAUCGUUCAAACUGCAGACUACCCUAUCGACCUGGCUGCAAUUAAAAUGCAGACCAAAGUCAUUGAGCGCAUCCCCCAGGAUUCUCUACACCAACUGCUGCCUGACAUCAUCCCUGGCCUGCUGCAGGGCUAUGAUAACACUGAGAGCAGUGUGCGGAAAGCCAGUGUGUUCUGCCUGGUUGCAAUCUAUUCGGUGAUUGGGGAAGAUCUGAAGCCACAUCUUGCUCAGCUCACUGGUAGUAAGAUGAAACUGCUGAACCUGUACAUCAAGAGAGCUCAAACGACCAACAGCAACAGCAGCAGCUCCUCUGACAUCUCUUCCCACAGUUAAAUCAACCAAUCAUCUAUUCCAGCCCCAGGCCAGCGAUAGCCUCCCUUCCAGUCCAGUUCAGUCCUGCUGUAAAUCCUCUUUUACCUGAGUGCAUCUCAAAACACCUCAAUCUGGUGUCGUCUAUUAACCCCUUAAGUUCUAAGGAGUUGUUUGUAGACCCACAGCAAAAUUCCUCACUACAUAAAAAUAACAGUAAGCCGGCAGGUUAAUGGUUAAUUGUACAUCUGAAUCACUCAGUUCCCCAAAGUCAUUUAUGUUUUCCCCAAGUACUUGAGGUGUACUGUGAUAGUAAUUUAUUAAUUAGAGGCCAACCGAUAUGAAGAUUUUGUGGCCGAUACCAAUAUGGAUUUUAGCACACUAAGAAUUGUGAUAACCGAUAAUAUUUUUCAUUAGCUGUCUUCUUAAAUUUUUGUAACUUCAUGUUUGUGGUAAAUGUUUAUAUACCAUUUAUAUGUUUUUUUUGUGUAAUUAUUGUAUUAUUUGUUUGCAUGACAUCAUUUUGCUCUGUCACCAGGAGAUUAGUGUACCAGUGGCUCAAUAAUCAAGAAAAGUUGCUUGUUUUCUGUGCAUUAUCAGCUGUAUUUUCACCAAUACUGAUAACACCGCAGGCUCUAGAUAUCAGCCAACUAAAAUACACUGAUAUUAGGAGCCAAUCGGUGUAUCAGUCAGACCCUAAUAUUUAUGACCAUGAGGAACUGAAGUCAACUUAGAGUUAAAGGGGUUAUAGAAGGAUUUCAUUACAUCUUCACUUUUUGUGUCCAUGUGCCAGUGGGACUGGACUGGACUGCUGUGUUACUGUAGUAAGAAAUGUAUGUGUCUGAUGUAUCAUACAUUUGGGAGAGCAGUUGUGCCUCAGUCCAGCUGCCUGUUUAGCUGUAUCGUCAAAGAAACACUUAAGAAGCAUCCUUGCAGUGUUUCUCUAAAGGUCUUUUUCAUCAUCAUUCUGUCACUACUUUGUAAUAAUAGCUCAUUUUUUCUUACAUUUGGGCACUGAUUUACUGUAGCCCGUCACACAUAUUACAAUUGCUCACACAAACAAUCCAAGUGACAAGAUUGGUUGGCCAAAGCAAACAUUCUGGCCAAUUACCUGCCAUGUUCCUGUUUGCUUGUGUGAGUAGCUUCAGUAAAUCAGGCCUUUUUAUAGUGAAUGUAAGGACUGGUGGACAUUCAUUCCUUCUGUAGGCUUAGUAGUGGACAUCCUAAUCACCGCUGCCUCUGAUUUCUGGAACAUUCUCUUUGUGCAUGUCAAGUAUUAGGAAGUACUGUAUGUUGAUUUUUUGGGGCAUUCAAACCUAUAUAUGCAAGAACAGAGAUUGUAUUUGUACAGUAAUUGUUUCAUUUUGCCCAAGCAGAAGAGAAAAAAAACAACAAAGAUGAAGGAUGAAUUUAUUCCCUGUUCAGUCUGUGAAAACAAAUAUAUAUAGAAUAUUUCAUCUCCCAUUCCACCUCUUGUUUUGCUUGUUGAUCAUUUGGCUGGUCCAGUGACUUGAGAAGGCCAAAAUCUGAAAUACUGCAAAAAUUUCGAAGAUAAAACUACUUUUAUUUAAGGGGUGUCAAUUCAAAAAAGCCUCGUUCACAGUCUGUCUUAAUGACAAUUAUUCAAAGACAACUUCUAGAAAAUUUUAAUCAAGCUAGCUUGUCUAAUCAAGCUGUGUUUGGUCAUUUGCAAAUUAGAAAUACCACUAAAAAAUGGCGUUAGUUUUAUUUAAAGGGAUCUACAGGCUCUGAUAUCACAUGCUUGGUGAAAUUCUAAAGUUUUUCAGCAAUAAUGCUAAUGAAAAUGAUCCAAAUUGGAUUUACUGUUAGUCAAACCACUGUUAAAAUCCAAUUUUAUGGUUUUUGGAAGGUGUGUUCCUGUAUGGUCUUGUAGAGUGCGUAGGGCCCUUACAACAUUUCUGAAGCUGCUUUGAAUCGAACCAUAGCUCUUUAAAUAUUAUACAGUGCUGUUCAUGAAUGUUGAGUCUUUUUAUGUGUUAACAUUGCUUUACUUUAACUAUUUAGGCCUUACCAUGUACCGACAUCCACAAAACAUUGCCUGAAAUGUUACUGUUUUCUGAAAUGUGAAGAUGCCUCAGUCGUGUUAAAAUCGUCUGGGGACUGAAAUGGUUCUGAAAUGGUUCUGAAAAGUUCUGUCCAGCCUGGAGCUUGAUCUCUUGCCAUGCCGCUACACUACGCGUAGCUGUUAUGCUGGGUAAACGAUGGUGAAUCGGAAAAUCUGACCAGCCAUUUUCCAGCACAGAAUUUCCCAUGUUUGUAUCAGUAGCAAACCUGAUGAAAACAAAGAUACUAACAUUCAGAAUAAGUCAAAUUACAGAACAGGCAUAGUUCAAUCAUAAAGCCUAACAAUGCUAACAAUAAAUAAAAGCAAAGUGAUUGGUGGCUCCCAUUCACUGUUAGCCAUGUUAGCCUCAGAAAAAAAACAGUGCUAAAUAAUAGUUCUGUCAAAAAAAGCUAAUGUUGCUAACAGUAAACAGAAAUCAGCAGCCAUAUGUUACCAUCAUGCUAGUGACAUGCUAACUGUGGCAUCUACUCACUGCUAGCCAUGUUAGCAUCAGGAAAGAAAACACAAGUAAUAGUUUGGUCCAAAAAGCUAACAUUGCUAAUAGUAUAUGAAAGCACAGAGAUACCAGUUAGAAUUAUUCAAAUGACAACAUGCUAAUUCAUGGUAUCCAUUCACUGUUAGCCACAUUAGCAUGUUUGAUUAAGCUAUUCUAGUAAGACAACUUAUUUUAAAGUUUUAUCUGUAAUUGACUGUACUGAAGAGUCUCUCCUGCAUGCGAGUGGAUGCAUGCGUGUUUUAGCGGUGUCUCUCUGUAAGAACAUCUCUGAAUUUCAACAUUCUGGAUCUGUCCCUUCUACCAUGAAAAUACAGUACUGUUACGAUUGGUGCAGCAAGCGACUUCGUACUGUAUGUGAAGCUAAGUGAACUAAUGUAGGUGACAGAGUAAUAAGUCUCCUGGGUGUCUGUAUAGUGUAGAUAUGUUUACAUGUACACUUUUUGCCUAGAGCGCUAUUUGCAAACCUGCUAGCAUCCCAGACUUACAAACCUCUCAACACAAAUAUACCUUCCUAUUCACUACUAAUGAUGAAAGCCACCUCUUAUGUUCAUGCAACUUCGUUCGUUUGAGCUGCAGAUAAGGUUGUGUGAGUGUAUGUGUGAGUAUGCGCGUGUGCAUAAGGGAAAAGCCAGUGUUUCAUAGACGACUGUUACUAUUGCAAGUACAACGCUUUAUCGCUUUUGCUGACAUACUGAAAAUGUUAGACAGUGCCACCUCUCGCUUACUGCGCAUGCCUUUGGUUUAGCUGCUCUUAUUUAAUAUAUCCAUAUCUGUAUUUAUAUAUUUGUUUUAUUUGUGAGCUUUACAGCAACUGUACAUAAAGACCCUGUUUUUGUUAACUUUCACCUGUGAUAGAAUUUGCAAUCUGUAAACUUCAUUUGCUCUAGAUAAAUGAAACCUCAGAGUUUUCCA